GUUUACGUAUGGCUAUGUUUGACCUAUAUCCGCGGUGCCUGCUGGUACCGGCACGAAGGCCGUAGGUUGCGAAUUCUUCGUUUUCCACUUUCAGCACUUGGGAUCAAUAGACGUGAAGAUCUUGUGUUUGAGGGGACCAAAGUGAAGUGAGUGGUUACAGAUGGAGUUUGGAAACUCGCAUGAAAGACGCUCAAGGUAUAACAGGCAACUCCAACAAUGGAGCCCCACGAAAGAAACUGCAGGGGCACCGUUGGCGCCGCCGCAGGUUGGGUACUGCUUCCACACUCCAAAGAAGCACCCUUGGAGGCCUAUCAUGGGUUACGAGGAGAUCGAGGUCACUCCGAUGCCUUCCCAACCCAUAACCAACACGAUGGUCGAUCCAUGCUACACCCCAGCGGGCAUGGCAGCGGAACCUCUCCGGUUCCCUAAUCUGGUGACCGGUUUCGACCGGAGCCCGGAGCACGCGGCCCGCGCGGCGCUCUACACACGAUACACGCAGUACGAGUGGAACCAGAACAGCAUCAAGAACUAUAAUGAGUCUGAUGCGAAGAGAAACUUCUCGGAGCGCGUGAGGAAUGAUAUCAUGAGGAUGCUCAGGGAAACUGAUGAAAUCGGCUCACAGGGUCAAAGAGACUCAGGCAGAAGGAUUGGGGAGCGAAUAACCGACACAACCUUUUGGAGGAACGAGGUGUCAAUAGAGAUGGAGCGAUUAGUGUCAACAUGUGAGAAGCUGAACGACACUCGGAGGCAGUUGGAACGAGCCAUCGCGGGAAUCGAGGGGCCCUUGCAUAUCGUACAGGAGUGUCUGUACCAUCGAGAAAAACGACAGGGUUUGGAGCAAGUCCACGACACGGUAGAACAGUCUUUACUAAGGGAAGUCGGCAUUCUGCGCGAGUGUCAGGACAAAUUCCGCAAUAUGCUUGAGAAGGUGCGCGCACAAUCCAAGAACUGCCGCGCCACACAACACGAGCUUGAAACCGACAUGAGGAAUAAGGAAUACGCACUGGGUAUUGACUCUAUGUGCCAUCAGCUCAACAACUUCUCCAAGGGCUUACAAUUCUACGCGGGCAUAGAGCGGUAUGACCCGACGGUGUGCGACACAGAGCGCUGGGCCGCCGCAAGCGCCGCCACGCUGCAGCGCUCGCAAUCCGAACGGGCUAAAGCCAUCCAGAUGCUUUCAGACACGGAUAACUUAAUCAACGUGUCGGCGACGGAGAUCUGGGAUCAAUGGAGCAACACCAACAGCGCGUUCACGCGCCGUAUUGCGGAGACUAUUGAGAUCAAGAACAAGCUGCAACUCCAUCUUCACAAGGUGCAACAAGAAAUCUUCGACAUCGAGAAGACUCUAGAGCUCCUGAACAAGGCUAUAGAGGACAAGUUGCAACCGAUGCGUGUAGCACACACUCGCUUGCAAGCGCGUACCAACCGACCACAUCUCGAGAAGUGCCGCGACGAAGCGCAAAACCGACUAGUCAAAGAAGUGUGCGACCUCCAAGAAACCAUGGAGACUCUCCGCUCCAAGAUCGCCACGGCGGAGGGCACGCACCAAACCCUGCUCGGUGUCCGCGCCGGGCUGGAGGCAGAUCUGCGCAACAAGAGCGCCACGCUCUUCAUCGACCGCGACCAGUGCAUGGGGCUCCGACGCGGAUACCCCGUCACCGCCGCCAUCAAGUCCUAAGUCGAUUAUGGAGCGAAUCCGUUGAGAGCGGGGUAUCUCUAGACGUACGUAUACGGGCGUAACAGGGCUGUCUCGCUCUCAAACAGAAUCGUUGAAUCAGCGUCUCAGCGUCACACAAUCGGAUUGUCUUGUACUCCAAUUUGCAAAUGUAAAGGAUCUCGUUGGUUUGGGUUGUUAUAAAUUAUGAGUAAAUGUGUAAAAAAAUGCGGUGUUUUGAUUUCC